GAGAGAGAGAGAAAGAGACAAAGAGAGAGUCGAGAAGCACCUUCUUCGUUAUAUGUGACAGUCUCUUCCACAGCCUCCUCCUCUUCCUCCUCCUCCUCCUCUCUCUCCAUCGCCACUUUUCUCCAUUUCUCCGUCUGCUCAGCCGCUCUUCCUGCGCUCUGUAACAUCUCUCCUCUGCUUCUCCUCCCCAUUUAUUUUAUUUUGACUCGCCAUCUUCGACAUGCUGCUCACAUGAAGUCCGCCAACUUAUAAAGAGAGUGGAUACCGCGUGAAAACCAAAAAGAGAAAAUAAAAGCAGGCAAAUGCUCCAUCGGGGAAUAAGAGGAAAAACUACGCACGUCUUCAUCUUUCAUUGAGUGCCUUGGCUUGAACGGAGCAACAGUAUGGAUCUGUCAUUCAUGGCUGCGCAGAUCCCAGUCAUGACGGGAGCCUUUAUGGACUCGUCGCCCAAUGAUGACUACAGCGGCGAGCACUCACUCUUUAACUCCUCGGCUAGUGUCCACGCCGCCGCCUCAGCUGCAUCAGUGCACGGACAGCCAGAUGAGUCGCAGUCCAUGUCCAGCGAUGCCAUCUGGCUCUGGAUUGCCAUAAUUGCCACCAUUGGAAACAUUGUAGUUGUUGGCGUUGUCUACGCCUGCACUUUCUGAUGAACGUAUGCUAACAAAGAGAAAUACACACCUACACAUUGUGUAUUUCCCAGGUUUCUGGACCCAGGAGUGAGGCCAGGCUUUGUAGACAAACACGCAAACUCCCUCUCUGUGUCUCUCUUUUUUUCUCUCUCUCCUUCGCACCUGGCUUUUAGAUCAGUUUUGGCCCCUAAGGAUGUGGAAGUUGUGGAACUAGACAAUGACAUAUAGACUCCUAUACUUCUUCAUCACAGGGAGAGACCCUGACUUGGCUGCAUUUGUUGGCACAAAAUGUUUUGGGCUGCUACAAAUGGAAGUUCAGAAAGAGGCUUUUGUGUACAACAGCUCUUUAGUUAAAAACAGAAACAUUAAACCUGCGCCCUCAAGCAAGAAUCAAACAAACUUUGUUUCCUUUUUUUCAGCUUAAGUUUGUUUCCAUGUUUCUCCUCAGACAACACCCUCACUUGAAAUGCAGAGAUGGAAAGGGAGAACAAAUGGAGCUUAAGAUUCAGGUUGAUCCAGGCCAUCUUAAACCUCCACCAGAUAGUUUCAAAGUAAUUUAGGGCAGGGUUGUUUUAAUUAUGUGGCUGAACAGAGAUGGUGAAUGUUAAAACAUUUACUAAGUGCUGGGAUUAUUUUCAUGCUAGACAGCCCUGAGCCCCACAAAGAGAGAGCUCAUUUAAGGACAAAUUUGUGAAUGAAACAUGGAAUGGACACCCACCCCAAGGUAUAUCUUGUGUUUAUUUAUAAUUUUACCAUCAGGAAAGCUCUGAAUAUCAUACAAUUCAUUAAAAGAAGAAAGUCUCUAAAAUGUUGUUUCGAUUACACACAAUGGGUGGUCAUUUUAUUGAAAGAUAUGUGAUGCAAAACCAAGUCAACUAGUUGAAAUUGAUGCUUUUGUUGUCACCAGGGAUUAUUGUAAACUUAAUUGUAUUAUCAUGGUCUGUUUAGUAAUGUUUAGAUAUUAUCUACACAUGCCAACUUUAUACAAUUAAAGCACAAAUUGAA